CCUCUGCUUGCUGUAUACCUGUUCGCUUCGGUUUGCCGACGGUAUUCGCAAGGAUGGAACUUCGUCUUACCUGGAUUCUACUCAUAGUAGCGGCUGUGAAUGGAGAUGGCGGAGUCGUCUACAGGGAUUUCCCCUUUUCCCCGUAUUUCCCUGCCUCCCCCGCCUUCGUCAGGCACGUCCCGUUUCCCUUCUAUGGGCAUCCCUUUGGAUUCCAAUACGCAGUACAGGAGGACCCCGUAGUAAGCGUGGAGGAGAGUCCAGUGGUAACCGUGGAGGAGAGUCCAGUGGUAACCGUGGAGGAGAAUCCAGUGGUAAGCGUUAAGGAGGAUGCAGUUGUCAGCGUGGAGGAGAAGCCAGUGGUGAGCGUGAAGGAGGUGAAGCCAGCCAUCCCAGUUGCAGUGGAGCCGUUUGAAUUCCCAGGCCACCCGUACACGUACGCCUACACGGGUCCCUAUGACCCUGCAGCGCCAGCGUUCAUCCCGGAGAGAAUUCCCUUCCCAACGUAUGCCCCGACCUACACGACCCAGUACCAUUCCCAGAAUGGCCUGGGCUACGUCUACGGCUACGCAGGAGGCCCAUCAGCGAAACACGAGGAGAAGACCCCAGACGGCGUCGUCCGCGGCUCCUACUCCUACCUCGACGGCAAUCACCAACUCCAACACGUCAGCUACGUCAGCACCCCCCAAGACGGUUUCCAGGUCGUCCAUGCCACCAACACCCCCGAGGCUCGUGUCCCAGUAGUUGCUGCCCCCAUCCUGAAAUUGGACACCCUCGAACCAGUCGAACAUAGGGAUGAGAAGGAAGUAGAUGCCAUCAGGCACAAACGAAGCGCUGAGCCCGGAAUCUUCAAGAAGAAGUUCAAGAAGAUCAAAUAUCGACCCGUUUACCGCAAGGUUCACUACAAGCCCGUCUAUCGUCGCCCAAUCUACGUCAAGCCUAAAUUCGUCAAGCCCAAGUUUUUCAAGAAGGUCUACAAGAAGAAGUUCUUCAAGGGCUGA